ACUUGUAGUUUACAAUUGUAGCUAGUAGGCUACUAAUAGUUAGUGACUGUGUAAUGUAUUGUAGAUGUCAGGGAGUGCAUCACCUCCCCAAUGGCUGCAGGCACUUCAGUCGGCUCAGCUGUUUCACAGAGUAGAUCAGAGGAUGAGGAGACUGCUGCGAUGAGGAGAGCAGCCAAUCAGGCCUUCAGCGGAGCUGGGUUAAUUCCCAAACGCAGAAGCUCUUCCAGGUCAAUAAAGAGAAAGAAGUUUGAUGACGAACUGGUUGAGAGCAGUUUGGCUAAGUCUACUAGUCGGGUAAAAGGUCAACCAGUCAUUGAGCCAAUCAGAUGCCCUGGAAGUGACCUCAUGUCCAGUGACAAGAAGAAGGGUUUGAAGUCCAGCAGCUGUCUUACACCUCCUCUUACCAUGGUGAUCGCACCUUCCUCUGUGCCCAAACGAAUGAAGAAAAAUAAGCAGCCACUGCAGAUCACUAAAGACCUGGGCCGCUGGAAACCAACCGAUGAUCUUCUGCUCAUAAAUGCCGUCUUACAGACCACAGAUCUGACAUCAGUUCAUUUAGGGGUGAAAUUCAGCUGUCGUUUCACACUGCGAGAGAUUAAGGAGCGCUGGUAUGCUCUGCUGUAUGACCCUGUCAUUUCAAAGUUGGCGUGGCAGGCCAUGCGACAGCUGCAUCCAGAGGCCAUCGCAGCCAUUCAGAGUAAAGCUCUGUUUAGUCAGGCCGAGGAAACUCUUCUCUCAAAAAUCACCUCUAGCAGUCAGCCUAAGAUGGAGAUUUUCCAGGAUUUGUUAAACAAGCACCCGAGCGUGUUUUACCCAUCUCGCACUGCUAAGAGUCUCCUGAUCCACUGGCAGCUGCUCAAGCAGCAUUAUUUACUGGAGGAUCAGAGCGUGCAACCUUUGCCUAAAGGAGAGCAGGUGCUGAACUUCUCUGAUGCAGAACAGGUGGUCGAUGAUGCCAAACUCAAAGACAGUCGAGAUGAAGUUCUGGAGCACGAGCUGAUGAUGGCAGACAGACAUCAGAAGCGUGAAAUCCGACAGCUGGAGCAGGAACUUCCUCGCUGGCAGGUGUUGGUGGACAGUAUUACAGGCAUGAAUUCACCAGACUUUGAUAAUCAGACGCUAGCAGCAUUACGUGGGAGGAUGGUCAGAUAUUUGAUGCGUUCUAGAGAGAUCACCCUUGGUCGGGCUACUAAAGACAAGCAGAUAGACGUGGAUCUGUCUUUGGAAGGACCUGCAUGGAAAAUCUCCAGAAAACAAGGGAUCAUCAAACUGAAAAACAAUGGAGAUUUCUUUAUCGCUAAUGAAGGUCGAAGACCCAUUUACAUUGAUGGCAGACCAGUUUUAUCUGGAAACAAGUGGAAACUCAAUAACAACUCUGUAAUGGAGAUUGCAGGUCUUCGCUUUGUGUUCCUUAUCAAUCAGGAUUUGAUCUCCCUCAUAAAAGCUGAAGCUGCUAAAAUGAAUCAGCCGUAAAGCUGAACGAACUGCUGUUAAUGAGCAGUAUAUAAUGUCCCAGUUUGAGGAGCGCUGCAGCACAGACAGCAGGUGCACUGGAGACAGCAGAACCUGAGCAGAUGCUCUGCCCUUCACACAUGAACAACUGAGACUGGAUUUAAAGACUGGAAAAUUUGAAGUCAAUAUUUUGUAUUCCUGUUAUUUAGACAAUUUACUUAAAAAAAAUGAUUAUUUGACAUUUUUGUUACUGUUUGUGGUAGAAUUUUAUUUGUUUGUGGAACUUGUUUAUUUGACACUUGUCUUCUGUAGAACUCAACAUUUUUGUUGGUUUGUAAUUAUAGCCCAGCAACUAUAUUAUAUUAGCAUUUCUAAACAAAAAAUGUCAUGUAUAAUGUGUCAAAUGUUUGAUUGAUGGGUAAAAACAGAUGUUCUUCAUACAUUUUCAUAUACUGAUUGUUUGCUUUGUUUUUUUUUCUCCAAAUGACUCUUGUGAAUUAUUGCGAUUGUGCCUUUCAGUAAAGUCAGAAUGUUCUGAAGUUAUACAUCACUUGCACAACUCAUGUUGCAUAAGCCUUAUUUAUCGUAGUAUUUUACCCAAAUGAUUAAAAACCAAACUUAACAUUAAUUAUAUUAUACGCUAAAUAAUGCACACAAACAAAAAAGAGAGAGACUAAAGAAAGUCUUAAUGGAAUGGAGAAUUAAGACUGGAUCAAACUUAAAGUUUGGGCAUUUGAGCAUUCCAUCCUUUCCAUCCAAAGCAGUAAUUGUAAAUGGAAUCAUUACAGACCGUGGUCUAGAUUUUGUUUCAGCAUUUUGUCUUAAGCAUGAUAUAACAGACCUCCAUCACCUAUGCAAGCUUUCUCAAAGAGUACAAUGGUACUGUGGUUACAGCCUUGAUAAUUGGACACUUUAACAUUCACACAGAUGAUCAAAGUGAUGCAUUUGGAUUAGCAUUCAUUACAACUGCUGGGGUCAGAAAAAACAACAGUGGAGAUUUAGCAGUUUGCCACUUUUCUAUAUCAGGGUUAGGCCUCUAUCAGGAACAGAUUUGGGUUAUCAGUUUUUCUUGAUGAUGCGGAGAAGAGCAGGUUAUGAUGAGACUGAAUAAAAUUAGUCUGACAUCACCUGACCAGCACAAAUUCAGUGUUUUAUAGCAAUCAAGGCAGUAAAAAUGUGCUGCUUCACAACAAUGUCUUGCCAUAUUAUUAAAAACACUGAGAUGAAGAUCAUUUCAAUCAUUGGAAGGAGGUAACAUAACACAAUAAAAUUAAACGACAAUCAUUUAAAAAUGGCAAGGAUAAAUAAAAAAAGUUAAACAAGAUUUUGGUUCCUCCGUUUUUAAAAUUGUUCCAAAAUCAUGUUUUUUAUUUUGCAUUCCAAUUAAUAUCAAUCAAACUGCUGUUGGUUUGUUUUGAUUGAAGCCA